CGACUCAAUUUCGCUUAACACGUGUCGCAUUUCUCUUCAGUGUUCCCUCUCCUUUAUAUCUCGUUCUCCUUUCUCAUGUCCAUUUUUUCCCUCUUAUCUUUUCUUUUUUUUUCCUUUUCCUGUCACAUGGAACCUCCACGGGAAGAUAAAGAGGAACAGCGAGUCUGCCGAGUCAACUCACUCCUCGAACCGGACUUGACUUCAACCAGCUCAAGCGUGUCCUCGAUUCUCAGCUGGGAGGAUUCUAGAAGCACGACGAGUUCGGGCGAUAUCUCCGGCACGAGCGGGAGUUCCGGUGAGAUAUUAACGGCGGAGGCUGUGAUUCCCCGGUUGCUCGAGCCUGCGCCCGCUUGUGGGGAGUUGGAUGUGACGGUAACGGCGACGGAGAAGUGCGUUGGGAGGAAUAAUAAGGGAGUAACGUGGGGUUUUACUUCGGUGAUUGGGAGACGGAGAGAGAUGGAAGACGCUAUCUCCGUUAUACCGGCGUUCAUGUCCCACAAGUGCGAUCACGUCGGAGGCUGUACGGCUCCCGGUUCUAAAACAUCCGCUGAAAUCUCUCCUAUCCACUUUUUCGGCGUCUAUGAUGGCCACGGUGGUUCACAGGUGGCUAAAUUUUGUGCUGAGAGGAUGCAUGGAGUGAUAGCGGAGGAAUGGGGGCGUGAAGUGGUUGACAACACUGGAUGGCAGAGGAGAUGGGAAGUGGCAUUUUCCUCUAGUUUUGAGAGAGCUGACAAUGAAGUCCACACCGCUGCUGUAGCACCAGAAAUGGUGGGAUCAACUGCUGUCGUUGCAGUUUUAUCUAGUUGCCAGAUAAUUACAUCUAAUUGUGGUGAUUCAAGGGCUGUGCUAUGCCGGGGAACUGAUACAAUUCCAUUAACUGUUGAUCAGAAGCCUGAUAGAGAGGACGAGCUCAUGAGAAUUGAAAGAGAAGGAGGGAGAGUCAUAAACUGGAAUGGUGCCAGGGUAUUUGGAGUUCUUGCAAUGUCCAGAGCUAUAGGUGAUCGGUAUUUAAGGCCAUGGAUAAUUCCAGUGCCAGAGAUUACCUUCAUGACCAGGAACAGUGAGGAUGAGUGUUUGAUACUGGCCAGCGACGGGUUAUGGGAUGUGAUGAGCAAUGAAGAGGCAGGGGAGAUAGCUCGGUGCGUACUAAGACGGCGGCGCAGGUAUUUGAUGGCAGAUGGAGUUUCAGCGGCACAAGUGGUAGCUGAUAACCUGACCGAAAUUGCAAUGGGACGAAACAGUUCAGAUAAUAUAUCAAUUAUCGUUGUGGAUUUAAAACCCAAAAGGAAACGCCAGCCAAGGCAGUGAAGAUUGAAGAAGGAGAACCAUGUUUCCUUCAUCAAUUACCACCUAAUCCAAUCCCUUCUCUUCAACUAAAGUCGAUCAAUCCUCACUGUCGUAACCAUUUUUUGAAAAAAAACGGGAAUCGACUCAGAUUUUAAAAAAACGAAAAUUAGAAGUCGCCACCGAUCCUUUUUUGGUGAGGUGUGAUCGGGUCACCCUAAAUUAAUUAUUUUAGUAAAAGUUAAGAUUUACUAAAACAAUAAUUUUUUUUUUUUUUUGGUCUACGAAAAUCAGAAAACGAGUUCGGGAGUCGGUUACGCACGAGGAAGGAUUUGCACCCUCAAUACGCCCAAAAUUGGUACCUAGUUGAUUAAUUAGUGUCUUAGUGUAGAAGAUUUGAAAACUUGAAAGAAUUUAAAAUACGAUCUCUCUUUGUAAAACAUCAAAAUGUUAAAGACAUUCUCGUCUCGAGGCAACGAUACGUCAUAUCCAGUGAAUUAAGAUAAGACAUCUCGAACUUUUGAGAA